AUGGAUAUGGAGUUGAGCUGGACAUGUCUACAAUUACCGUUAUUUGAAUUGAUUUAUUUGAAUGUUUCUCUUUCCUUUUAUAAAUCAUCCUUAUUUUUGUUACUAACACUACAUAUAUAUUCCUAUGUUUGUAUUAAGAGCUGCUCCCUCUGGCUAUAUUUCUCUGUAUCCUAUUCUGAAGAAACGGAUUUUAUGCAGUACCAAUCGUGUUUCCGGUACGGAUCGUGUAGCGACAGGACAAGUGUAGUGUGUUCUGUUAUUGGGGGAAAACACCACAGAAUGAAAGGAUGAAAAAUAUUUAUUUAUUUGGCUUGUUAGACCAGCAGAGAAGGCUUUGAAACGAGGCGGAGAAACCUAACAUCACUGUCCACAUAAUGCAAAAGGUUUACUAUUCUCUACUCUGCUUCUUUAGAAUCAUUUAUAUUUAAUAUUAUUUGAUUUGUUGUUGCACAUGUAUUGUGAAGCUCUAUAAAAUAGUUUAACAACUUACAGUCAUAUGUGGCAGUGACUGCGCCACUGUUCUAUAAAAAGCAAUAUGCUUGUGAAUCUGUUGCAACGCACCCAACAACCAGACAACACUUGACAAACUGAAAGCGAAACUAAACACAGUGGAAAACCCCACACUCACAGAAAGGCAACGAUCCUUAUGUAACCAGUUUUCAGCGAGCACUAAAGGAACAUGCUCAAAACAGUUUCUCAACUUGGGAGAUGAGUCUUUUUCACAUUUCCAUGAAUGUGUAACAGCCACUGAAAACUUUCCAUUGUAACCAGAGCGUGUAUUAAAUCUCCAGAGUAACUCCAGACACGUUCAAUCCAGCUGCAGCUGUGGAUUACAGACAAACUUUAGUGAAAUCACACAAAUGAAUAACUGAAAAUGGGAAACGCUCAGGACACUUUAGAAAGUUAUGGCUAUAUAAACCCUGUCCAAGUGGCACAAGGGUCCUUCGGAGCAACAUAUAAAGUGGUAUCAAAGGAUGAAGAAAAGGAAUAUAUGAUGAAAGAAAUUAAAGCCAAACAGCUGUCUCGUGACUGUAUAACGAAAGCAAAAUCAGAGGCUGAUGUACUUUGCAGACUGAAACACCCCUACAUUGUUGAUUACAAGGAAUCAUUUGAAGAAAAUGGUUCCCUGUAUAUCAUAAUGAAUUACUGUGAAGGUGGAGAUCUUGCUAAAGUGAUGGCAGUUCAGAAGAACAUUGCAGUCCAUUUGCCAGAGGAAAAGAUCCUGGACUGGUUUACACAGAUCUGUCUGGCACUAAAGCACAUCCAUGACAAAGGAAUUUUCCACAGAGACCUCAAACCUCAGAAUAUUUUUUUGACUGAGGGGACGCUCGUUUUAGGAGACUUUGGAAUUACUAAAACUCUGGCACAAGAAGUUUAUGUCCACAAAAAUGUGGGCACCCCCCUGUACAUAGCUCCAGAAGUUUUAAUUGGGACGCCUUACACUGCAGAAAGCGACAUUUGGUCACUUGGCUGGGUACUUUGUGAACUCUGCAUGGCAAAAUUUGAUACAGAAAACAUAGAAGAGCUCAGUCUAGCCCAGCACCUCACUCAAAUACCUCGACUGCCUGAGCUCUACACAAGUGACCUACAGACUCUUGUCAACACUUUACUUGAGAAAGAUGCCUGGAAAAGACCUUCUGUAAAUGAUAUUCUCAAACAGCCAUUCUUAUCGAAGCGAAUUCCAAAGCUUCUGACCCUAAAGAUCCUUUACAUGGAAUUUAAUCAGAAUGCAGAAUUUAUGAAGAUCCUUGGUCUCUGUGAUGAGAAGGAUCAGCCUAAAGACCUGGAUAUGCUGACACUUCAAGCCCUUCAUGAUGUCCUGAAGAUGAGCAUCGAGGAACUGAAUUCAGAAUUUGAGGAAAAGCAUCAAAGUCUCACUGGUCAAAUUGAGGAGCUGAAUAAGAUCACAGACAGCCUUGAGUACAUGCACAAGGCAACUACAGUGGGCAGUCUGACAGGGGCAGUAAUGGGAGCGGCUGGAGGAAUCACAUCCAUAGUGGGUCUGAUUUUAGCCCCUUUCACUCUCGGUGUUUCAUUAGUUGUCACAGGUGUGGGUGUUGGCGUUGCAGUAGCUGGAGGAGCAACAGGUGCGGCCUCUAACAUCACUAACAUGGUAAAGCAGAAAAACCUGCGUCAAAGCAUCCAGGAGAUCAUCAACAAUUACCAGAACACAAUUAACCCAAUAGUGGAGCAUCUGAAUAAAAUAUGUAGUAGCUUAAAUGCAAUUCAACAGAUGCAGAUGGUGCAGCAGACAAUGUUUGAAUCAGGUAGUGCAAUGAAGACGGGUGUAGGGGUCGGAAAAGGAACUGCCGCCAUUUCAGAAAUAUUCCGGGUAUUCCAAGUGGCUAAAGUUGGCAAUGUGGCUGCAACUGCUGCCAAAGCGGUCCGUGUUGCAGGAAUGAUAACAGGUGUAAUCAGCGGUCUCUUUGUUAUUCUUGAUGCUAUUUUUAUUGCUAAAGAAAGCAUAGAAAUGUAUGAAAUUAAUCAAAUAAAUGCAGAGAGAAGUGGUGAAGAAGACCAAAAAAUGUCUGAAGACAAAGUCAAGAAGCUCAAAUCAGACACUUUGAAAUUCAUUCAGCAGAUGAGAAAUACAUCAGCUCAAUUUCAGGAAACUCUGAAUGAGAUUUCACGAGUAAGAGACGUUAUCAACAGAGAGUUCCAAAACCAGCAGAACAACAAUGCUGCAGAUAAACAAUAGGACCAGUACUGUACAAGAAAAAAUAAGGCUCUUAUGAACCCUAUGCCCUAUCUGUUCACAUUGAUUAAUCAUAGAAUUAAUUUAAAUGUAAAAUGUUUUGAUUUAAUUUAAACAUCAUUCAUUCAAUUCAGGCAACUCAUCUAAUCAUACUCCAGCAUAUGCUUAAAUGGUUCACUCAGAUUUCCUUCAUCACUACGUCAUGCCGCUCUUGUUUUCCAUCACUCGUUUGCAAGAGAAACACAAAAUCAUGAUGUCACAUGCUAUGCCUUUGCUUUUAAAAGCAAACAGUUAUUCUAGAUUUGGAUUGUACCUCGUUUGGUUUACACACCUCAAUGUUAAUGCUCCUCAUCACAGCUAGUCUCCAUCAGCAAGACGCAAGUUCUCGGUUCGUUUUUCUUUAGGGAACAAUUGUUAUAUGAAUAUAGUUUGUGUCAAUGGGUUUUCUUUUCUUUUUUUCUUUUAUGUGUUUAUGUAAUAUGUUUAAUAUAUUAAUUUUACUGUUUCCAGCUGUUUCCGCUUUUCAAGCACCAUUGCUUAACUUUUAGAAGAGUAGUCAUUGCACAUCAAUCUUCAUGUUGAGAAAAUAUUUGAUGUUCUUUUUACAACAGCAUUUGCACUUCCAAGUGUACUCCUGAAUUGAGCAAUGAGGUUCAGCAUUCAUGCACAUUGAUAUUUGUUGAAAGUAUCAUUGAAGUACAUUCAGUGAGCAUGGUCCGAUUAUGACAUCUCUGUUAAGUUUAGGUAUGUUUAGGCAUUGUUUGUGGCUUGUAUUUCAUUAGAAUGUAUAUUAUUCAUUGUGUAGUGAUGGCCACUGCUGUAUCUCUGUAUUUAUAAUAUUUACAGUAUCAGAGGAUUCUUCAUGUUUUUUGUUUGUCACUCCGAUAGCACCUUAAAUCAUUAUCACUUACAUUGAUUUGUUCCAAAUAUCCACCACUGCUAUCAUCCCUUAAAGGGGAAGUAUCAUUUGUUGCUGUGUGCCUACCAACACCUAGUGGUAGAUAAUUGCUAUGCUAAAUUACUAUGUUUUAAAUUUCAGCACAGAAUGCAUAUUGCUAAUCAAAUUGAAGAAGUGAAUA